AUGAACGAGAAGGCAUCCGAUCCCCCAAAACUUGACAUCAAUGACUUUGAUUCAUCAACUGAUAUCAGACAAUUCUCUCUGAUACUUAUUGGUAUAUCGAUUUUCAUCCUCAUUCUUUUCAUUAUCUUAACACUUCUGUAUACGAAACUGAGGAGACGAUUUGGAAGGAAUGAUGCAGAUGAAUCAUCACACGAAGAAGGUGUAAUGCCGGAUGUAAUAGAAACUGAUCCAGCUGAUAUGCUGCUAUUCACGGCCAAGGGUCCGUUGACUGUAACUGGUUUUUCUAAGAUACAUACACAUCAGUUAGAUGAUGAAAAGUCAAAAUCAUUACGGUCAGUUGAGUACGUGCCGGAACAGAAUGAGCUCUAUGAUAUUGGAACGCUGAUUGAGAAAGUCAUUGAGGAGCCAAAUUCACCAAAUAAGUAA